AUAUCUUUCACAUCGUCAUCUGAUUCUCUUACCACCGCCAACUAUUGCAUCAAUCCCUCCCCAAGCCUCAAAUAGACAUCGAAGUCAUGUCAGACAAUGUAGGACUGUCCACGCCACGAGGUAGCGGCACAUCCGGUUACGUGCAGCGCAACCUCGCGCACAUGAGGCCUCGCGACCGCGACCGAGCAGCUCCAUACCCCCGCGACCUAGACCAUCUGAAGCACCGCCAGCGACAGCCCGACAAGGGGAUUCUCGAGCAUGAUCGGAAGCGCGAGAUCGAAGUCAAGGUAUUCGAGCUACGAGACCAGCUCGAGGACGAAGGCAUCGAAGAAGAAGAGAUCGACCGCCGGUGCGACGCCCUCCGCACCGAACUCCGCGAAAAGAUGAACAACAACAACAAUCACAACAAGUCUGGCAGCGCCGGGGCGAAGAAAGGUCUGAAGUCGCACCAAGUCCACGAGCUCGCCGACGCUAAGAUCAAGGAGAGCGAGAGGCUGCGCAGCGCCCUGAAGAUCAGCCGAGAUUACGAGGAAGGCGGGCACUGGAAGAGGCAGGAGGAGAGGCUGCGGAAGGCUCUCGAUAGGGAGUUUGCUGCUGAGAAGAGGGAUGAUAGGGGUUAGGGGCGCGGGAUUGAAUUGGAUUCGGUCUUGGUGCGGUAAGGGGCAUUAUUUGCAUGGCGUUCGGGCGUGAUUUGGAAGGACAUUGCUCUCUGUUUGAUCCAUGUGAAA